AUGUUGUCGAAGACACUUACACUUUUGGGGUUGACGGCGGCAGUAUGCGCUAGGGGAGUUGCGAUCUCAGGCGGCGACUUUGGUUGCGAGAUUGAUGGAAGCUGUCCACUGGGUAAAGUCCAGCUGCCCCUCAGCUCACUGGGAGGCGGCGAUGGCGAAGGGCAAAUGAACCACUUUGCCCAGAACGACAAGCUCAACAUGUUCCGACUGCCCGUCGGAUGGCAGUUCCUCGUCAACAACCAAGCAGGCGGCCAACUCAACGCCGCCAACUUUGGCAAAUACGACCAAGUAAUGCAAAAGUGCCUCGCGACUGGCGCGCACUGCAUGCUCGACAUACACAACUUUGCCCGCUGGAACGGCGGCAUCAUCGGCCAAGGCGGCCCAACAGACGACCAGUUCGUCUCGUUAUGGACGCAGCUCGCGACAAAGUACAAGGACAACGCCAACGUCGUCUUUGAGCUCAUGAACGAGCCGCACGACCUCGACGUCAAGCUCUGGGCGGCGACGUGCCAAAAGGUUGUCACUGCAAUUCGCGGGGCUGGCGCGGCGUCGCAUAUGAUUCUGCUGCCGGGCACGAACUUCAACUCGGCCGAGUUCCUCGUGAGCAGUGGGAGCGCGGAGGCGUUGGCUGCGAUUACGAACCCCGAUGGGACGACGGAUAAUUUGAUUCUUGAUGUGCACAAGUAUCUCGAUGAGGAUAACAGUGGCACGCAUAAACCCUGCACGACGGACAACGUCGAGAGCUUCAGGACGGUGGCUGAGUUCUUGAGGACCAAGGGGCGUAAAGGGUUGGUCAGCGAGACGGGCGCCUCGAGUGAUGCUACAUGCUUCACAAGCUUCUGCGCCCAAAACACCUUCAUCAACCAAAACUCAGACGUCUUCAUCGGCCUCGUAGGCUGGGCGGCCGGUAGCUUCAGCACCGACUACGUCCUCAGCCUGACGCCCAAGAAGUCGGGCAACACCUACACCGAUAACAACCUCAUGAAGCAGUGCGUUCUCGACACGUGGGCCAACACGGAGCAGAACGUCUCGACGCCCGCGACGCCCCCGGCUUCAUCAUCGGCGGUAGCAGCAUCGCAGCCCGCCGCGUCCUUGGUGCCGACGAAGCUCCCGGCUACCACCCCGUCCGCGUCGGCGGCUGCCCCUACAGCUCCGAACUCGGCUCCGACUUCGGCACCGCAACCUAGCAGCAGUGGUGAUGAGGAGGGAAUCGCGCCGCCGACGACGAUUGUGAGCAUGCCGACCACGCUGUUGGUGGACCCUUCUACGCCGACACCACCCGCUGCAACGGGAGCAAGAGGUAGUAGGAACGGGACGAUUACUACGACGAGCUCGCCGUCUGUUCCAACGGCGGCGGGGUCGAGGUUGAGAGGAAUUGAUAGUCUCUUAGGACUUGGCCUAGCAGUGGCCUUCUUCAUGUAG